AUGCAGCUCAAACUGACCCUCUUUUCUGCCCUUGCAGCUCUCGCUGCUGCCCAGGACGUCAGCAAGAUUCCCGACUGCUCGCUCAAUUGCUUCGUCGAUAACUUUCCUCUAAGCGGAUGCAAAGACUUGGUGGAUUUCAAGUGCAGUUGCGCCGCCCCUAAGGCGUACCAGGACGCCAUGGCUAAUUGCAUCGUCGGCCAUUGUGAUAACGAUGGCAUCGUCGCUACGGUCAAUUGGGUUUCGGCCACCUGCGCCAGCGUCGGCGUUCCAUGGCCAUAA